AUGAUGAACGCCCACCAUAACCACCCCUCCUCCUCCUCCUCCCUUGCCGCCGCCCGUGGUGCCUCCGAUGCGGCCGCUGCCCUCAAGGGCGCGAACCUCGCCUUCAACAAGACGAAGCCGAAGCCUGUCCCGCCCCCGAAACCCACCCCCGGCCGCCGUCGCGGGACGAGCCUCAUCGCCGCUUCUGCCGCCUCCGCCCACGACCGGAGUGCGAGCGCGAGCCCGGUACAACGCCAGCAUACGGGGACGAGCCUGGCCACGACGCCCGACGACAGGGACCGCUUCGGCCGCGACGGAACCGCUGACAUGCGGGACCGUCUGUCCAACUUCCUCGCCUCGAGCCCCGCUGCCGCCACCCCUACGCCCUCGCACCUGACGCCGCAUACCAGGCUCGACCCCAAGAGCCCAAGCUACAUCGCCGCCACCCUGGCCGCGUCGCGGAGCGCCUCGCCUAGCCCGCAGCUGCACGCGAGCCCGUCCUCCCUGACGCCCGCCCAGCUGAACCAGCUGCACCAGAUGCAGAACGCCCGCCUCGCCGGCGCCAAGACGGGCAGGCGCGGCAGCGCCGGGUCGUCCAGCGUCGUGAGCAGCCUCGACCUGCCCGACACGAGCUCCAUACCGGCGACGAGACACCUGCUCGCCAUGUUCGAGAGGGGAUCCGACGACGUCGACCCCGUCAAGCGGAGCGGCGGGGACAGCGCAAGGCCCCAGGUGCGGCCGCUGACGCCAGAUAGGGACCUCAGCCCGUCGAGGGCGAAGGCCUCGAGAAUGGGAAUUGUGGAGGAGGAGACUGAGGGGUCUGGCGCCCAGAGGUCCAUGGUCCCCAAGCCGAAGCCGCGGCCGGUAACGCCUGUGGCGGUCGACGGGCGAGAACCCAUAGAGGAGGUUACGCCGCAGGCGAAGAAACCCGCGUCGAAGCCCGUCAAGCCCGUCAAGCCCGUCAAGCCCGUCAAGCCCUUGCUCUCGCCGGCGAGGAUCUCUCCCAAGCGGUCCGAGCCCGAGCAGCUGCCGCCGGCCAUGAAGACACAGCCUACCGUGGCGACGACGCCGAUGUCUCUGGAGGUGCCAGAGAUACGGUCAAAGUCACAGCUCACGCGGGUUCCCAUCACGCAGACCACGAGUUCCGAGUCGAAGCCGCUGCCGCCUGCCACCCCAGAACCGAGGAGGUCGCGGCCCAAGGCUCAGCAGACCGCCACCAGCUCGCCGCCGGUGAUCAAGAGGGCAGACACCGAGGUCGUCUCCCCCAAGCCCACGAGGCCGGCGUCCAGGGCCAAGUUGCGGCCCCCGACACCUCCCCAACCGCGGGGCACGGGUGAGAAGUCGAGGGAAGCAGACGCGCCGCCACUCCACGAGCCCCGAAGUAUAGCAACGGUUUAUGGCCAUGGCCCCUUGCAGGAGCCGUUCCGUCGCUCCGAUGGCGAGGCUCGGCCUUCCACUGCUGAUACAAGCUCCUCCAACGACACGUUUGUAUCGGCUGAAUCCGGCCAGACAGCCAUACCCCAUCACGCCCCGCUCGUGGUCCCUUCUCCCCGUCCGGUAUACUCGGCCCAGAGCACGCCCGGGCGCUCCUCGGCAAACAGCUCGCCGAGCCACACGACCCCACGGCGCACCCCGGCGUCGUCCAACACAAACCUGCCACUGAGCGCGCUCUCAAACGCCAUCAUGGCCGGAUCCAUCGCCGCGGCGCGCCUGACGCCCUCCAAUACGGGCAACUCGGCGCAGCAGCAGCAGCAGCAGCGGACAAGAUCGCCGCGCCUGCGGCAGACGCUGCGGCGGCCGCCGUCCAAGUCGGACGACGAGGACGAGAUCCGCAAGAGGAGGCACCAGCGGGCGAGCAACAAGCACUCGCACCGCGAGGGGGCGCGGCGGCGGUGGCGCGACGAGAUCACCGCCCGCGAGCGUCGGCGGUACGAGGCCUUGUGGGCAAGCAACCGCGGCAGGCUGCUGCUCGAUCCGCCGGGCCCGUCGCCGGCCGACGCCGGCGACUGCGUGGUCAACGUGGUGGCGCGGGAGAUCUGGCGCCGGUCGCGGCUGCCGGCGGAGGAGCUCGCCGAGGUGUGGGACCUCGUGGACCGGGGGCGGAGGGGGAUGCUCGGCAAAGCCGAGUUCGUGGUGGGCAUGUGGCUGAUCGACCAGCGGCUCCGGGGGCGCAAGAUCCCGGCCAGGGUGAGCGCGAGCGUGUGGGACAGCGCGCUGGGGGUCAUUAUGCCGUCGCCGCCCAAGGGGAGGAAGUGA